GCUCUUGUAUGCCUAGUUUUGUGAUAAAACCGGGUGGCUCGUUUGUUUCCCCGUAUAUUUGGGGAUUUAGACCUUCUUCACUUGUUCCAUAGAAGGAGGUAUCUCUGCUUUUUAUAUCGGCGCAUGUCUUGCCUUUUUCUUGCCUGCCUACUAGCUUAUGCCCUUAGUUUUUUCUUAUGUUUUCACGCUAAUGCAACGAAGAGUAUGACCUUGAGCUCCUCUUUUUUCUCUUUUACUUCAGACUUUGCUUCUACUAACUUUAUCUUCUCUAUUUCUUGUCCUUUAUUUCUUUUUUCUUAUACUCAUUCAGCAUGCACAAUUACUACACCAGCGCUUCAUCUUUUCUAAUACUGGAUUCUUGGCUGGCUGACAUGUUUUUGAUGAUGUUACUGACCAACUAGCUCGCUUUAUUAUCUCGGAAGAGCAUGAAUAGGUUUUUGGCUG